UUUUUUGGUAUUUUUUGGUAUUUCCCCAUCUGGAGCAGAAAUCAAUUAAGUGUUGCAAUAUCCGUUGGCAUUCUAUUCAACGGGGUUCCUGAUGGUGUUGCCAGUAAAAAACAUGUGAGGAGUUUCCCCAUCUGACAUCAUGACAGAUCAUUACAAAACGCUUGGGCUCAACCAAGGAGCCUCAGUAGAAGAGAUCAAGAAAGCUUUCAGAAAACUGGCGAAAAAAUGGCAUCCAGACAAAAACAAGUCAAGCAGUGCCACGGAAAAGUUCCAACAGCUUCGUGCUGCGUACGAUGCUUUAAUGGAACAGAAGAAAAGGGGUAAAUCCGAAGCUGGUAGUUCAAGUAGACCACCAGGCAGUUCCAGCCGACCAAAUCGUGCCCAAGCUGGUGGUUCUAGCAGACCCAAUGGUACCCAAGCUGGUGGUUCCAGCAGACCCAAUGGUACCCAAGCUGGUGGUUCCAGCAGACCCAAUGGUACCCAAGCUGGUGGUUCCAGCAGACCCAAUGGUGCCCAACCUGGUGGUUCCAGCAGACCCAAUGGUGGUUCCAGCAGACCCAAUGGUACCCAAGCUGGUGGUUCCAGCAGACCCAAUGGUGCCCAACCUGGUGGUUCCAGCAGACCCAAUGGUGCCCAAGCUGGUGGUUCCAGCAGACCCAAUGGUGCCCAAGCUGGUGGUUCCAGCAGACCCAAUGGUGGUUCCAGCAGACCCAAGGGUGCCCAAGCUGGUGGUUCCAGCCAAUCAUUUGGGGGAUUUAGGAAUUUCACCCGGCCCACUGGUGGCUAUGAUGAAGAGAGUGAUGAGGAUACCGGUUAUCAGAGAAGACAGCAACAAGGGGAAGGACCGGGAUUCGGAUUUCGGCGCUAUCAGCCUGCAGAUUCAGAGGAAUCUGAUAUCAGUGAUGAAGAGUCUGAGUCUGAUGACGAAUGGUCAGACAUCUCCGAUGAUUCAUCAGAUGACGGGGAGACUGUUGAUGAUUGCCUGAGACGUCAGCCAAACCUCGAUAGAAAAUAUCAGCAGGAAUUCCAGGAGAAACAAACUGAUGAUUCUUUCCAAAAGAUGCAGGAGGUUCGGAGGAAUUUGCCUGCUCAUAGUUACACAGAGCGUAUUUGUGAGACCGUUGCCGCCAAUCAAGUGACCGUGAUAAGUGGGGAAACAGGAUGCGGAAAAACUACCCAAGUGCCACAGUUUAUCUUGGAUGAAUUUAUCAGGAAAGGUCAGGGGUCGCAGUGUCAUAUCAUCUGCACCCAGCCCAGGAGGAUAAGUGCCGUGUCUGUUGCCCAGCGCGUUGCUGACGAAAGGGCGGAAGUUGCUGGUGGAAAUGAAAGCAGUGUUGGAUACCAGAUUGGCCUCGAGGCUGAAAGACCAAGAAAAACUGGAUCCAUUCUGUUCUGUACUACUGGAAUUGUCCUCAAAAUUCUGGAGUCGAAUCCUCUACUGAAAGACGUCUCCCAUAUUGUCCUCGAUGAAGUUCAUGAGCGCGAUCUUGACACUGAUUUCCUGCUGACUAUCGUGAAAUAUAUUCUUCCAAAACGACCCAACUUGAAGCUAAUCCUCAUGAGUGCAACAAUGAAUGCACAGCGUUUCUCAAGAUAUUGUGGUCAUUGCCCGACGCUUGAAAUCCCUGGUCGGACAUUUCCGGUGAAGAAGUUCUUUCUCGAGGAUGCUAUUGAGUUAACCAAAUAUAAACCCAAGAAAACUUGGCCUAAGCCUCGAUCAAGAGAGUUCUUUGAUUUUGAGCGUUGGGUGAGGAGACUUCCAGACAAGUAUGCUCGCUCCACUAAAGAUGUGUUAUUGAACUCAUUCAACUGUAAUCACAUUGAUUGUGAUCUUAUGGCUGCGGUAAUUCGAUACAUCGCGACCGAAAAGGACAGAGAAAACAGCGAGAAAGGGGCGAUCCUUGUCUUUAUGCCGGGAUGGGACGACAUCUCAAAACUCUACGAUACGUUGAUGUCACGGCAACUCUUCCGAUCGGAUGCUUUUCUGAUUCUUCAACUCCAUGGCUCGAUGAUGCCUAGAGAAGAACAGGACUUGGUCAUGGUGCGUCCCGAAGAAGGGGUCCGUAAAAUUAUCAUUUCUACAAAUGUUGCCGAAACUGGCAUCACCAUAGAAGAUGUGGUGUAUGUCAUCGACAGCGGAAAAUCCAAACUCUCCUAUUUUGACCCGAGAAAGAAUAUGUGUUCUUUGCAAACAGUGUCAAGCAGCAAGGCCAACUCUACUCAGAGGAGGGGCAGGGCUGGCAGGGUUUGCGCGGGGGAGUGUUACCAUAUGUACACUGCACACCAGGAGAAGAAGCUUGUUCAGUAUCACAAGCCAGAGAUCCUUCGAUCAAGACUCGAAGAUGCGUGUAUUAGAAUUAAGUUGUUGGGACGAAGUAGUAUCAUGUCAUUGUUCAAGAGAGCAAUGGAUAGACCUUCUAAAGAAUCUAUACUCAGAUCUAUUGAGUUUCUUAAGCAAUUGGAUGCUUUAGAUGAAGACGAGGAGUUGACCCCCCUUGGCGUCCAUCUGGGAAGCCUCCCAGUCGAUGUGCGUAUCGGCAAGCUGUUGAUCUAUGGAGCGUUAUUCUGCUGCCUGGACCCCAUCUUGACCAUUGCAGCCUGCUUUGAAGACAAGGCGCCCUUUGUUGCCCCAUUAGACAAGAGAAGUGAAGCUGAUGCCCAAAGGCUUAUCAUGGCAGACGGCACUAGCAGCGAUCAUCUCAUGUGGGUCAAUGGUUAUAAUGGAUGGGUCAAUGCGGGGAGAAAUAAGGAAAAAAAGGAAUAUUGUCAAGAUAACUUCAUCUCCAAUUAUUCUAUGUGGCAAGUGAACAAAAAACGCCAGCAAUUGGCAGAAAGUCUUUUCAAACUUGGAUUUAUUGGAAGCAAGUCUCCUUCCGAUCAUGAUGCCAACAGGAAUAGUGAUGAGUUAAAUGUUGUCAGGGCCGUUCUUUCUGCUAGUCUUCAUCCGAAUAUCGGACCAAUUGUUGUGGAUAAAGUCAAUGAACACACUGGCCAAUAUGAUUAUUAUAUCAGAUCCCAAGAUGAGAAAGUAUAUAUCCACCCGAAAUCGGUCAACUUCCAGAAACCAAUCUAUGAAAAUUAUGGUUAUGUUGUGUACUACCUGAAAUUGGAGACUACUAAGGUGUACAUUCAUGACGUCACAGCAAUCUCCUCAGUACCAUGGCACUUCUUUCGAAAAAAUAGGGAAGGGCAUUAUGGUCAUAAGGAUAUCUGUAAAGAUUUUUCCAAGGUUCUAAGAAAGAAAUUUGAGAAUCCGGCCCCCACUAAUUGGUCGCAAAAACAUACAGAAGGAAAGGUCAUGGAAUAUGUUGUCGAUUACUUCAAAAAUGAUGGACAAUAACCAAAGAAUCUUGGAAACGAACUUUGACUUGGACUAUACUUAGGUCAAAGCAUGGAUUUGAAUUUAUAAUGUCUCUGCCAUGGAGUGUUGAUUUUUAGGAUCCAACAUUUUAUCUUUGCUGUUGGUCUCACCAGUAUUACUGUAAAGGCAUUACUGUACUGGUAUUAUUGUACCAGUAUUACUGUAAAGGUCUUACUGUUAAGGAGUAGUUGUAGCAUAUUUUAAAACCAUAAUUUUUAUCCAUUUUCUUCCGAUCUAGUGUUAGCAAGUAUUAAAUUAGAUUCCUUAAGUCUUACUGUAAAGGUAUUACUGUAAAGGUAUUACUGUAAAUGUAUUACUGUAAAGGUCUUACUGUUAAGGUAUUACUGUUAAGGUAUUACUGUUAAUGAGUUGUAGCAUUUUUUUUUUUACUAUGACAUAUUACUGUGAAUGUGCUAAUGUGAAUGUGUUACUGUAAAGGUAUUGGCGAAUGUUUACUGUAAAGUGUGGAUUUAAGUAGUGUGUGGUCUCACUUUGAAAAGUACUGUCCAUUUUCAUCACGUCUAUAAUGUCGCCAUUGACGCGCUGCGCGAACUAUUGAGAGAUAAGCCUGCCACUGGUGCGUCACUGGUCCGUCACUGGCACAUAGAUUACAAGUUACUUACGCGAAGCAGGAAAGAUGGAUGUCAAUUGUGAUUUGGACUGUAGUUCUCAUAUGAUUUCCUAUACACUUGUAGUCACGUAGUUCAUGUAGAAAUGGUGUUUUUCAACAUUUUAAAGGGACAAUAUAGGCAGCAGCUAGGCAGGCAAUAUAAAGUUACACAAAGUCACCAUUAGGAGUCUCUCACAUCGCACAGGACGUCGAAAUGAUUCUCGCUUGUACGAGGAAUACAUUUAGUGCUAAAUCAGACGUGACCCAGGGCCCUCACUGUGUAUAUUAGUCACCUGAAGAUAGCCAAAUAAGCCCCUCUGCUCCUGCCUAUAGUCCCCCUUUAACAUCUUCAAAUAAAUCAGUGUUA